GUUACCUUACAAUUAUCUUCCUCCGGCUCUGCACAUUUUCAUUUUCCUGCAACAAGUUGCAUCUUUCGUCGCCGCAUCAAUAAUGCAUAUCAGCUGUGAUUGUUUGAUCUGGGGCCUAUUGAUUCACUCCUGCGGUCAGCUCGAAAUACUUGGUUCCCGUCUGAAAGCAAUCAAGCAAGACGACAAUCUGUCUGCGAAAAAGUCUGCUCGUUAUCAUAAUCACGUGUAUGAAUUCACCAGAAUGAUAAAUGAAGAAUUCAAAAUGGUUAUUUUCGUUCAAUUCGGUAUAAGUACACUGGCGGUGUGCUUCGAUCUUUACGUACUGAUAACAAUGAAAAAUACGAACAUGAAAAUGAUAAUGGAUGUAAUAUACAUGGUUGCUCUACUGGUGCAGAUAUUCUUUUAUUGCUGGCAUGGAAACGAGUUGAAAUUGAAGAGUGUCGAAGUUUCUGAGAUGAUAUUCGGAAGUGACUGGACGGAAUUGAAUAAAGAUACUAAGAGAAUACUCUCGGUGAUUAUGAGACGUGCCACGAUGUGCAUUGAAUUCACUAGUGGUCAUAUUGUGACUAUGAAUUUGGAAUCAUUCAUAAACGUAAGUAUACAUCAAGUACUCGUGCACUUUGACGAACGAUUUCACCUGGAGACUAAUCAUUCUUCGAUUUGAAUCAUAGUAAAUCUACGUACGAUGUAAAGUUAAUAAUUUCACAUCAAGUUAUUAAAUGUUGUCUGUCACAGCUGAUAAAAACCUCUUACUCAGCGUACAACGUGCUUCACAGAGGAAAAGGAUAAC